CACACGUACGCAUUGAGAACUAAUAUACAUGUAAUUUCCGCAGGUGGUGAUUUUCGGACGAGAGAGAGAGAGAGAGAGAGAGAUAGAGAGAAAGAAAGAAAGAAAGAAAGAAAGAAAAAAAGCGAAGAUUCAGGGACUUAACAACAUUACGGGAAUCGACUUGACGAUUUCGUGUGACAGAGAAAGAGAACAAUAUAGAAAGAUAGAAAGAAAGAAAGACUGAGAGAGAGAGAGAGAGACGAAGGAACGACGCGCGUGUGCUCGAGGCGCCUUCAUCGCGGGGCGUAUCCCAAGAUCGCGAGGUAAAAAGCGUCAUUUCUGAGUGCGUCAUUGCGUGUCCUUCCUCCUACUCUCUUAUUCGUAGACUUUGGUAUAUCCUGGUUUGGUGCAAUUUACAAAUAUAACUCAUAUGCGUCGCCAGAGAAGGAGAGCAAAAGUGAAAGAAAGAGAGAAAGAGAGAGACAAAGUGUGAUACAGAGUGAGAAGAAAGGAGUAAGCGUGCGUGUGUGUGUGUAUGUGUACAUGUGUGUAUGUGAAAAAAGAGAGAGAGAGAGAGCGCGACACAUAGAGCAUCGAACUCGAUUUGACAAUCGGAUGGACGAAGAAGAAGAUCGGCUUUGUGUUUCAUCGCGAUGAGACGUUCGUUAAAUUUUUCCUUUGUCAAGAUAAGAUUUUGAAUUUCUCCAUUAAACCUUUUUUCUUUUUUAAGUUUCGUUUCUCUUUCUUCCUUCGAAAGUGAUAAGAAUUUUUUCUCGUGUUAUCAAUCGUCGAUUCGUUAUCGUGAUUUAUUCAUUGCCAAUGUGUAACUCAGCCGACGCUUCGUACGUGCAAAAGUUAGGUUAUCUGCAGUUAGGAGAUGAUAGCUCGGACGUUGUUGGUACCCCCGGUACCGCUAGGCUUUCGGGUUCAAAACCCGAGGCCCAAGUGCCUGUUACGAGAAACGUCACUGCCAGGAAUGAUAUUAGAAUACCUGGUAGACCUGUAGGUGCUAUCGAAAGCUUCAUCGAGGGUAACUCUUCUGACAAUUCUAGACAAACUAUUUCUGCUGAUUAUAAGCUUUACGAACGUGAGAAUAUUAUAGCUGCUUCGAGGUUUGCUACUCCAAAGCCUGUUGAACAAAUUAGUGCUCAACAACAACAGCAGCAGCAGCAGCAGCAGCAACAGCAGCAGCAGCAACAGCAACAGCAACAGCAACAGCAACAUCAGCAAAGUCAAGGACGUGUUAACAAUCAACAGGCACCUGUAUAUGAAAAUAUAGACUAUUAUCCGCAGCAGAGUCAACCAUUGCCUCCUUAUUAUCAUCCAGUUGAAUCUAGGAAAAGUCCUAGGGAUAGUCCUAGAGGUUCCCUUGCUGGAGAGUCUUAUGAAGCUAAUUUUAGAAAGGCACAACCACAAGUUCCCACUGGAAGUCGUUAUCAAACUGCUUCACCUGCUAAGGAACUGCCGCCUUACGAAGCUCCUCCUGUUUAUGAGAAUAUUCAGGAAGUUCAUUAUACGGAUAAUGCUCAAAAUAAGCCUGGGCCUCAAGUUCCAUCUAAUUAUUAUCAUCCUGCUAAUAUCAACGGAGGAGAUUAUGUCAUUAUGACUGGAAAAGUUGGACAAGGGCAAGCACAACGUGGCAUACCUCAAAGUUUGUCUUAUACGCAACAAAGAGGAAUGAAUUCUAGGGGUCAGAGUUAUGAUGGAUCUUGUUUACAACGUGCAACUGUUGAUUGUCCUUCCAGAUAUCUACAAGGAUCAUCUUCCAAUGCUGAUCAUCAAUCUGGUAGAAGCGCUUAUGUACCACCAUCUGAACUACAUACUCCAACUAGAAACUUUAGCUAUGAUCAACAACAGCAACAACAACAACAACAGCAGCAGCAGCAGCAACAACAACAACAACAGCAGCAGCAACAACAACAACAACAACAACAACCUUCUAGAUCAGGACUACCUUAUCACAGUGAAUCACCUCCAAUACGUUUGCCACCAGAACCUCAUCAUUAUCGCAGUUCUCUUGAUAAUACUGUAGCUGGACAGCAGGCAUAUCGUACGUCCCACCAAAAUGACAUGCAGCAAACACAAUUUCGUCAAGAUUCACAAGUAUAUAAACAAUUUGUGGAGCCAUCUACUAGAAGUAUGAAUCCAAAUUAUUCUACAGAAACUCAAGCUAGAAAUUCUCCUGUAUAUGGUAGUCGUUCAGAGCAACCAUCUUGCAGAAAUUCUCCGUGUUAUUCUCCCAGUCGUACAAUGCCACCCAAUGAUAGGAACUAUCACCAAGAAAAUAGAUCAGAUUUUUCUGCUAGGAAUUCACCAAUUUAUUCUUCCAAUCGUUCUGCAGAGCAAUUACGUUUGGGUUCUCUCCAAAAUGAGAGGAACUUUGCGCAAGAUGCAUCCGAAUCGUCUGGUCCAAGGAGUUCACCUUUAUAUUCACCAAGCCGUACUGAUCCUGGUAGAGUUAUUACACCAAAUAGUAAUAGUAUCCGUAAUUCUCCAAAAGCAAGUCCAACUCACAGUCAAAUUCCAAGUGAUAUUGGCUUACAAAAUGUAACAAAUUCUCCUAGACACAUUUCACCUCCUUCUUCCACCAAUGCAGUGGGAAGUCCUGUACAUGUGCAAGUGCAAACACCAGUGACCAGUACUGUGACUUUAACCAAUGAUUCUGAUUCAACUGUUAAUGUACCUAGAAUUACAAGCCUACCACCGGGUGUUACCAGUGGCAUUGCUGGUCCUGUAUUUCUGAAUGCUGGUGUACCUGUGUUACAAAGAUCCUCAGAACCAGAACCUGAAGAAAGAAAAUUGGUUAGUCCACCUAUAAAGCCUACUCCUGGCAAAGGAUUGUUGCCAUACAACGUCAUUCCACCUAGACCAUCGGGUCCAACGGAAGCGGAAAGGAAGAUAGAAGAAUUGACGAGACAACUCGAGGAGGAGAUGGAGAAGCAAGAGGAGGAAGGAGAAUAUUUUGGUAUUUGUCACACGUGCGGUGAAAAGGUGACCGGUGCUGGACAGGCCUGUCAGGCUAUGGGUAAUCUUUAUCAUACGAAUUGUUUUAUAUGUUGUUCCUGCGGAAGGGCUUUACGCGGCAAAGCAUUUUAUAACGUUCAUGGAAGGGUUUAUUGCGAGGAAGAUUAUUUGUAUUCCGGUUUCCAACAAACAGCCGAGAAAUGUGCUAUUUGCGGUCAUCUCAUUAUGGAAAUGAUCUUACAAGCUAUGGGUAAAUCCUAUCACCCAGGGUGCUUCAGAUGUUGCGUAUGCAACGAGUGUCUCGAUGGUGUUCCUUUUACGGUAGACGUAGAUAAUAAGAUCUAUUGUGUUAACGAUUAUCAUAGAAUGUUUGCACCUAAAUGUGCAUCUUGCGGUAAAGGGAUUACUCCGGUCGAGGGUACCGAAGAAACAGUUAGAGUUGUUUCCAUGGACAAAGACUUUCACGUGGAUUGCUAUGUUUGCGAGGAUUGCGGUAUGCAGUUAACAGACGAACCCGAUAAAAGGUGCUACCCACUCGAUGGUAGGCUAAUGUGUCGCGCCUGUCACAUCCAACGCAUAUCUCAUACACAACCAAGAGCACCACAGCCGGUAUCUGCUAGCUAUCAAUUUAUGGGAUAAAAGAAAAAAAAAAAAAAGAAAAAGAAAAAAGUUAUAUAUAUACAUAUAUAUAUAUAUAUAUAUAUUAAUUUGUAUGCGUGCGCGCUUCGCUUCUAUUAGAAAUGUUUCAUUUCAUUAUAGAUUUGCGCACAUAAAAGCCAUCCUAUAUAAUGAUUAACUGUGCGAAUUUGUGCUUCGAUCACAUCAGUCUGAUGAAACUUUUGUCGAAUUGUCUAAAAAAAAAAAAAAAAAAAAAAAAAGAAAAAGAAAAAAAAGAAACAAAAAAAAAAAACAAGAAAAGAAUAAAAAAAAAAAA